CAGAAACCUAAACUGUGCUGGGUAUGGCCAUGGUGGUGCUUUUAAUUUGGGCGCUUGUGUUGGUCUAUUCCGCCAGUGUAGGGGCAUUUCACGACCCUCCCCACUGGGUUCCAGUGGCAAACACGUCCCACGACUAUGGUUCAGGAGCAUACGCUGGUAAUGUCCUAGGUUCCUCACUGCCUCGAAACACCCGUUUGAGCAUACCCGAAUUUGCAGCUACGUUCCUUGUUUUGUGUCGCAACUACGAACUCUUCGAUCUUCUUGAAACCAUUCAGUCGGUCCAGGACCGAUUUAAUACCAAGUACAAUUACGACUAUGUGUUUUUAAAUGAUGAGCCAUUCACACAAUUGUUCAUGGAAUCGGUGACAGCAUUUGUACCAGCCUCCCGAGUGCGGUUUGGAGUGGUGCCACGGGAUCAUUGGUCGUAUCCAGAUUGGGUGGACGUCAAAAAGGCGGCCGCCGUCCGCCAGGCCAUGGAAAAAGCCAAUAUCGUCUACGGUGGAUCCGAAUCAUAUAGGCACAUGUGCCGGUUUUUCCUGGGAUUUUUCUACCAGCACGAGCUUCUCCAGGAUUACGACUUCUACUGGCGGAUCGAGCCGGGCAUUAAGCUUCUUUGUGACGUGAAUUAUGAUGUGUUUCGCCGGAUGUACGAUGAGCAGAAGAAGUUCGCAUUCACCUUGACAAUGUUUGAGUACAGUGACACGAUCCCCACCCUCUGGGACCGGGUCAAGGAGUACUCCCGCUCUCGCGACAUCCAGGGUCCGUUGAUCGACUUGGUACAGAACCACGACCAGUGGCUGUCGUACAAUUUGUGUCAUUUUUGGUCCAACUUCGAGAUUGCUCGGUUGGACGUAUUUAGGGCCGCAUCGUACGCCGAUUUCUUCCAGUUCUUGGACCAGGCCGGGGGAUUUUUCUACGAGCGCUGGGGCGACGCUCCGGUCCACACCAUGUACGUAAGUCUUCACUUGGAAAAACUGGAUGUAUUGUACCUUGAUGACAUUGGGUACUAUCACUCGCCGUACGCGCAGUGCCCUCAAGACGAAGCCAUUAGACGGUCCAACAAGUGCGUGUGUGAUCCUGCCACUGACUUUAGCUAUACCUACCAAAGUUGCACGGCUCAUUUCUUGCGAGUUCUCGCAGACUUAUGACCAUUUUUAUAGAUAUACAUUCAUAGACUACCUAGUACAGACUAACAAGUACGUCCACAUCAUCAAGCCCCUCUAAAUCAUCUUGCUGUGAUACCCGUUUUAUGACCUCUCGCUUGCUGCUUUCCUGGAGGUAUCCGUCCAACAACAACUCGUCCAAUAUGUGGUAGGCCUUGUUGAAUCCAAAAAUGAUGUCCAAUUCACACACGUUUCCGUACAUCUUGUCCAUCUGCUCCACAAAACGAUGGACGAUCUCCAAGCCGAUCAACUCGUUGUCGUCACUUUCGAUCCCCAUGAUGAAGAACAAAGAGGCAUAUCUUCGGUAUACAACCUUGAUAUCUUUGUAUUCCAAGAUAUUGCACAUUUUGGCACGACGGGUCAAUAUCACUGCCGUGAGUUCCUUCAUGAUCCGACUCUUCUCCUUCUGACUGAUGGUCUCGUACCAUUUGGUCAACCGCACUUUGCCCUGGCGGGACAAUAGGAACAUGAACUUGAUAGCCAUGGUGUUC